AUGUCUACUGUAGCUGAAGCCAGGGCCACAGAAGCAGACAUUUCCAAUAAAGAUCCUUCUAUUGUGAUCCCUUUCACAGUGUUCAGUGGUGAAAAUUUAGACACAUCUCAAGUACAGAACUCCAGGAAAGGAUUUUGUUCUAACCGACAUGGUCUGGCCUUCAUCUUGAUGCUCUGUAAUUUUGCAACUGGCACCCAAAAAAUCACCCUGAGCAUUGUCAUCCAGGCUAUGGUGAACCACACAACCCCACCCAACCACUCCAAUGCCUCAACAGAAAUGUCCUUCACUGACUCUCAGGACUACUGGAAUGAAACUCUAAAGGAAUUCAAGGAGUUGGCCCCUGUGUAUGACUGGAGUCCUGAAAUCCAGGGAAUCAUCCUCAGCUCCCUCAACUAUGGCUCUUUCUUGGUCCCACUCCCUGCUGGCUAUGUGGCUGGAAAAUUUGGAGUUAAGCGUGUGGUUGGUGCUGGCUUGUUCAUUUCCUCAAUCAUGAUCCUCUUGACUCCACCAGCAGCUGAUAUUGGAGUGACAUUGUUCAUUGUCAUUCAGGUUGUCCAAGGCAUAGCACAGGUUAUGGUAACAACAGGUCAAUUUCCAAUUUGGGUCAAAUGGGCUCCUCCAGUGGAAAGAAGUCAGCUCACCAGCAUUGCCUCAUCAGGGUUAUUGCUGGGACCCUUAAUUGGCUUUGCUGUUGGUGGUCUCCUCUGCCAGGCUUUAGGAUGGCCUUAUGUCUUCUAUAUAUUUGGUGCAGUUGGCUCUGUCUGUUGUCUUCUGUGGUUCUUUCUCAUCUCUGAUGAUCCCAUGCAUCAUCCCUUUAUCAGCUCUGGUGAGAAGGAAUACAUCUUGUGUGCACUGGCCCAACAGGAUUGUUCUCCAGCGCAAUCUCUUCCCCUUAGGGCUAUGUUCAAAUCCCUACCAGUUUGGGCCAUAUUAAUCUCACAUUUCUGUCAAUCCUGGAGUUUUCAAAUCAUCUUGACAUACACACCGACAUUUAUCAGCUCUGUACUUCAAACUGAUCUCACAAUCAGUGGGCUCCUGUCCUCCCUGCCAUCUGUGUUUGCCUUUAUCUUCAUGAUCCUCGGAAGUCUGUUGGCAGAUUUUCUUCUUUCCAGAAAAUUGCUUAGACUCAUCACCGUAAGAAAACUCUUCACUGCCAUAGGAGUUAUCUUCCCAUCCUUGAUCGUGGUGUCCCUGUACUGGGUCAGAUCCAGCGCCAGCACCUUCAUGAUCUUCUUGGUGCUGUUUUAUGCCCUCAGCAGCUUGUGCUACUCAGGAGCCUUUGUUAAUUCCUUGGAUAUUGCUCCUCGACAUGCUGGUUUUCUCAAGGGACUAUCACAAAUCUUUUUACUCACAGCAGGAGCCAUCUCUCCCACCACUGCUGGAUUUUUCAUCAGUCAGGAUUCAGAGGUGGGUUGGAGAAAUGUCUUCUUGCUUUCAGCUGCUAUUAACAUCUUGGGCUUGAUGUUCUACCUCCUUUUUGCCAAAGCAGAUGUCCAGGACUGGGCUGAAAGGCAGACAGUCACCCAUUUCUAA